GUUCUGUUUGCAAAACCUAGCCAAUUGGACGUGGCCAAAGAGCAGGCAGACAGGCAGGCAACAGGCAAUAAGAACGCGGCGUACUGUGAAUAGUUUCCGUUCUUCAUCUUUCGCGUGUUCUGUUUGCUUUACAACUAAAAAACUGUUAGUUGUUUUUUUUUUUUUGCUGUUGUUUUUGUUCGCGUUAUCUGCGCUCGCGACAUUGAAGAAAAUUGUGAAAGAAUCUGCAAGAAAAUAAAAACAUUAAUUUCGAUUGCGUGUUUUGUUUCAAUUGUUUGUGUUUCAAUUGAAAAUCAUUUAAAAACAAUUAAAAACAUUUUUUUUUGUGUGUCAGUGCCAACAAGAACAACAACAAUAAAUCAACUAGAGCCAUAUAUAACAUAUAAAACAGCCACAGGAUGAUACCAAUUUUGAAUAAACUGAGCGGCUUCUACAGCACCUAUGUCCUAGGCAUACUCACUAUCGGCUACAUCCUAGGCGAGCUGGGUCACUAUCUGAUCGGCGUCACGUCCAAGCAGACGGCCAUUGAGCUGGACUAUGGAGAUCAUGCCUGCCAGCAGAAUAACAGUAUGUUCACCAGGCACGAACUGAUGACCCAGUGCUCGGACGUUAAGAACGAGAGCAGUUGCUAUUCGCUGGAUAUGAACGGAACGGGCUAUUGCGAGUGGAACUACAAUGGACUGGGCAUCGAUUAUCAGAUACUGGCCGGGCCCACCUUCAUAUUGGUGUUCACCAUUGCUGGCGUGUUCAUGGGCUUUGCGGCUGAUAAAUACAAUCGAGUGAAAAUGCUGACAGUUUGCACUGUGAUCUUUGGCGUUGCGAUUCUGCUGCAGGGCACCGUCAAGGAGUAUUGGCACUUGGUGCUGCUUCGCAUGGUAAUGGCGGCGGGUGAGUCUGGGUGUAAUCCUCUGGCCACGGGCAUUAUGUCCGACAUCUUUCCGGAGAACAAACGUGCCUUGGUCAUGGCCAUCUUCAAUUGGGGCAUCUAUGGCGGCUACGGCAUUGCCUUCCCCGUCGGUCGCUACAUCACCAAGCUGAACUUCUUCGAUAUGGGCUGGCGUAUGUGCUACUUAGGUGCCGGAGUGCUAACGAUUAUUGUCGCCGGACUCACGGGCACUACCCUACGGGAACCGGAACGCAAAUCAAUUGGCGAGGGCGAUCGCACCACAGCGAGCGGCAAACCCAUUUCCCUCUGGCAGGUUAUCAAAAGUCCCGCCAUGAUUAUGCUGAUGAUAGCCGCCUCCAUACGUCACAGUGGUGGCAUGACCUUUGCCUACAAUGCCGAUCUGUACUACAACACCUACUUCCCCGACGUGGAUCUCGGCUGGUGGCUCUUCGCUGUCACCAUUGGCAUUGGCAGCGUGGGCGUUGUCGUCGGUGGCGUCGUCUCCGAUAAGAUAGUCGCCAAAAUGGGCAUACGUUCGCGAGCCUUUGUCCUGGCCAUCAGCCAGUUGAUAGCCACGCUGCCCGCCUUCGGCUCGGUCUACUUCGAACCUCUGUGGGCGAUGAUUACACUCGGUCUGAGCUACUUCUUUGCCGAAAUGUGGUUCGGCAUCGUGUUCGCAAUUGUCGUUGAGAUUGUCCCGUUGCGUGUGCGCUCCUCAACCAUCGGCGUCUUCCUCUUCGUCAUGAACAACAUUGGCGGCAAUUUGCCCAUUCUGGUGGAUCCAGUGGCCAAGGUCAUCGGGUACCGCGGCUCCAUCAUGAUCUUCUAUGCGGGCUUCUAUGGCAUCAGCUCUAUACUUUUCCUGAUCACCUGUUUCCUGCUGGAUGGCAAAGCGAAGCCCAGUUCCAACGAGCAGGAAUCACAGAAGACGCACCCGGAUACCAUCCUGAACGCACGUAAUAUGCACGGCCAUGAUAACUCCGUGUUCAGCGUGGAUGAGACCCUGCCCUCGAAUGGCCGCCCUGCCCAGCUGCCGCAGCAUCUGCAAUUGUCCAAUGGCAAUGGCUACGAGAAGUCACAAUCGAUUCAUCCAAGUCACAAUGGCGCCGAGAGCAGCAGACUGUAGUAUUAUGGAGAUCUUACCUCCGUCUCCGCCUCCGACAUAACAUCAGAUCGCGAAAAAGAGAUAAAUCUAUUUGUGAAAGUGCUUCUAAUAUUUUUUUAUUAUUAUUAUGAUUACUUUAAUUAUAAAAAAAAAAAACAAUUUUUUUUUUAUGUGUGUAAUACUAUUGAUUUUAUAAUUUUUGUAAAAAAUUAACAUAGUCUUAAGUGAGAGAUACAAGGUAGUGCCUUUCUAUAUACAUAUAUAUAUAAAUAAAUUAUAAAUAAACCUGUUUUGUUAGCUCUAAAAAGAACCCUAA